AUGGCGUCGGUUGCUCAGCCAUGGCUGUUCUCAAAAUUCAUCGACCCCGUCUUCGCGGUCUGCGUUGGGCUUUCCGCAGCUGCUCUUCGCAUCCGACGCGAACAACGCGAGAAUUACCCUCACCAGGAUUCCAGUUUUCUUGCGCUCUGGCGGAAAGGUCUCAAGAUGAACAAAGUUUACUGGGGAGGUGAUCCCGAGGCCUGA